AUGACCCUUGCUUUGUUCUUCGCGAACAAGGAGGGAAAACAUGGCAACAGUGAGCCAGCACAGAAAACGCAUGACGAUAUAUUGUAUGAAAAGUUCAGGUGUGAGGUAGCAAAUGUAUUUGGAUACAUGCUCAAGAAUCAGUAUUGUAAACAUAAUCCAGGAUGGAAGAGGGGUGUGGAGUACGCUUGGAAAACACUGCAAGAGAUGGGCAAGGACGUAGAUGGGAACAAGGGGCUUACGGGUCCUGUUAUGGAUGGAAGAUGCACACAAUGUGGGUAUGACGGUAGUAGAACGAAACCGGGAAUAAUAAAUGGGGAGAUCGCAGAAUGGUUCCUGACAGAAGGAAUAAUGGGAGAAAUAGCACAGAUGGAACGAGACAUGCCAUGUGCCGACAAGUGGGAUACAUACAAGAAAAAGAACAACUUAAGAAAAGGGGACACUAUCCAGGACAUUUUGCAGCAACCAGGAAUUAAAAACAUGAAGGACGAAGAACACACAAUAAUACAGAAAGCCAAGAAGGUCUUUAAGGAAGCGGAGAAAAAGGUACAGGAAGAAAUUGUAAGAAAGGAAGCUGAAGAUAAGGACGGCACGACACCGGUAGCUGCAGCAGGAGCACAGCCCGCAGGGCCUGAUGCAUCAGGCGGAACAAGCAACACUCAGGAGGCCGCGGUUGAUGCCGCGGCGAACACCGAUACAGGGACGCACAGCAGCACUACCCACAAGGAGGAUCCUGAACUGGGUACUGUUACUAUACAUACGACUGUUACUACUACACCCUACAUUUCUACACGCGGUGUGGACCCCACCGCACUGGAGAAACUGGCUGAUGCACAGGCGACAGGGCACAUAAAGCAACACCCGGACAGUGUAACACCGCAGAGAGCCCAGGAUCCGCAGUCUCCAGCAGCAGAAGGACCACCCGAGGCACCAGCAGAAGCAGCACCAACAACACCAGGUCAGAAGGAUACAGAGGUAACUACUAAUGAGCAGAUACCUCCUAAAGGGGAAUCCGGGUCCGCAAGCGAAAGCACAGCAUCGAAUCCAGACGCACUGGGCACUGGUGCUGGUGUACAACCCGAAGACCCCGACCAGAAGAAUACCAUCGUCGAUGGCGGCAACGAUGACCCCCCUCCUCUCAAUCCACCCAAACCAAAACCGAACCCGAAUCCCGAUCAAUCGGGUAGUAGUGGCAGUUUCAGUGAUGCCGAUUUGGCGGAUGGAGUUUCUGGUGGGAAAGGCAAAGCCGGAGGUGCUGAUGGAGCAGGUCAACCGGGUUCCUCUGAAACUGGUUCUAGUGGGGCCCAAAACCCCGGUUCCUCCGGUCCGGGUUCUCCGGGGACAGGAGCAACUGGGACUCAUGGUGCCGGUUCUCCUCCUUCCGGUGGCCCAGCUACACAGGACAAUAACCAAGUGGUUGGUAUUGGCAUCGUUGCGUUCUUCCUAUGGAAGUACUUUGCCCACCUCGGAAAACAACGACGACGAACAUAUCGAACCGUUCGUGACGUGCCGUCACCGCCACUCCACGAAGACAUAUUGCAGCAUCUACAACGCGGCGAACUACCGACACCCGAUUACGGGUACACGAUGAUUACGCAACCUGCAUCUGCUGCCGCCCGACGACGACGCCCACCACGCGUGCACAAGCGCACGAUCAUCGAGCUACAUCUAGAAGUGUUAAACGAAUGUGCAGCAACCGAAUGGGAAAACGUCAAAGCGGACUAUUCGCAGAUUGUCGUGCAGCAGUUUGCGCAGGAUUUGAUGCGGGACGAGGACACGAAUAACAGUAUGUUGGGUGUUUCUACCACAAACGAGGGUCCUCCAGGGACCAAUGUUUCCUACACUGACUCCGACGGAACUGAUAUAUGUCCACCUAAUGAAGAUGAACCCGAUCCAUGGAGUUGUAUGGAAACUACACAGUUAGCAACGGACCCUUGUCCACCUAAUGACUCCGAUCCAUGGAAUUGUAUGGAAAACAUACAGUUAGAUACAGAACCCGACCCGCACUCCUCCCCGCGGAAUGAAUGCCCGAUCCGCGACCACACUUAUUGGAUUAACUGGAUUGACCGCAACAAGCACCUAUUGCAGCAGUGCACGACGCAGCCGUGGUUUCUGCAGCUAACGUUGGCAUGGAAACAAUACCUGCGUGAGCACAUGGCGGCAGACGCGGACAACGGACAACGUGCAUUCGGUGAGGCACCCACCCCGCCGAUGAAGAAACUGGAUGCAUGGAAAGCAUGGGUUGCAAAGCAACAUGCGCUUAUGAAUAUAUAUGGUGAGGAGGAGUGGUUUCAACGUUUGUUACAACAUAUCGAGGAGGAGACAGCAUCGCAAAACGGCGAAGUACCUGUAGUGGAACAUGUAAUGCCAGCAGCAGACUUGCUACAAGUGAGAAAUUUAUCGCUGUCGCAACCACUGCAUCCGCAACCUUACAUGACAAAACCGGUAACCGCUACAACAUGGAUACUGAUCCUGGCAUUAGUCAUAGAACAGUGCGAGCUUGAAAGCCGUUUGCAGGAGACGGAGUUAUAUGUGGAUGCUUUAUUACAGAAUAUGCGACAUUAG